GACCUACCCCCACCAUAAACCAGAACAUCCCAAUCUUCCACACACAUACAUCCAACGUCUCACCUCCCCAUUCUUUGUUGCAUCCAAUUGGCCCACCACCUACACAAAACAUGACCACGCCCACCCCCCAAACCUGGACCCUCCGCCUUAAAUCCCACAAAACAACCGUCCUCCUCCACAUCGACCCUCUACACACCUUCGAUACCAUAAAAGCCGCCUUAUACGACGCGCUCCAGCAAACCGAACUCCGCCACCCAGACACGGGCGCCGCAAUCCCUCUGCCCGCCUCGCCCUCGGACAUCCAGCUCGGCCGCCCGGUCAACAUCAACGACGCACACGAGGGCUUCAAGCUUGGGGAGUGGGAAUACAGUGCUCUUGACAAUGGAGAGGAGGUAGAGGGGAAAGGGAAGGGUAAAGCGAAAGCUGCGGCGCCAACUGGCGGGAAAGGGGCGGCGAGUGCGAAACAGUGUCCGAAAGGGGCGGGGUUGAAGGAUGGGGCUGUGCUGGCGUUUCGGUGGGUGGGGGAUGGGAAUUGGGAAGGGGAGGAUGAGGAUGAGGAGGACGAGGGUGCGGGGGGGGGGAGGGAGGGGGAUAUGUGGGGGGUUAAGCUUGCGAGCUUUGAGGAUGCGUAUGGGGUGGAGAAUGAGGGGGAUGUUGGGGGUGGGAGGGAGUUUGAGGGGUGAGUUUUGUGAGCAGUUGGUUUGCAUGGAUAAUAUGAGAUUGAGUUGUCUUGGAUUCGUCCGAGGUUGGCUAGGAAAAGGCGCUUGAGAAGAUGGCCAAGUGCGCCACCAAGGCUCGUCUGGGGAGCAGUAAAACCAAAAUACUGACUCAAAGAAGUAUCGUCUUGCUUCAUUUGGGGUAGAGGAAGUACCCAAGUCGAUGGUACAGACGACAUGGGAGAAGCUUGCUCAGCCGUCGCUUGUACGAUACCAGAAAUGGAUGGGGAAACACCUAACUGUGUUUCAACCACUGAUUUUCUAGACAUGAAAUUCAUACACACCU